UUAUUGUUUUGGUUAAUAAUUUUUUCUAUACAGAUUAACGAAAAAUGUUUCGACGGGUUCUGCCGAAGAUAAUACAGAGUAUGUCAGAAGUUCAGAAUAUGCGAAUGUGUACUAAUAUGAAAGAGACGAAAAUAGAAAAAAGGUUCCAUUUAAAACUUCGAAGACUGACUUAUAUGCAGCUGUUGUGUAUUCUGCACAAGUAAAUCAAAUCUAUAACAUGCAUUGGACCAUGCAUUUCGUGGCACAUGUAAAUGCUAAUAUAAUAACAAGUAGUAAAGCAGUGAACCAUAUAACACUGUUGGGAAGAGUAGGGAACGACCCACAAACGAGAGGUUCCACAGAACAUCCUGUUGUUAUAUUUUCUGUUGCCACACAUACUAAUUAUAAAUAUUUGAAUGGAGAUUUUAUACAACGAACGGAGUGGCAUAGAAUAUGUGUUUUCAAACCGCAACUUCGUGAUACCGUGUCUAAGUAUCUUAGGAAAGGUCAAAGAGUAUUGGUCACCGGAAAAGUGAGUUAUGGUGAAUUUAAAGAUGAAGAAGGUCAAACAAAACCCAGCACAGCGGUCAUUGCAGACGAUGUGGUAUUUUUCCAAACGUAACAAACACAAUUAUCUUCAUAGGUUAGUUUUACAAACACACCUGAUUUUCUAAAAAAUAUUUUUAUGAAUAGUAUGGUAAUAAAAUUAAUUAUCAAAAAUACAUGCUUUUAUUCCUUAAUUUUUCCUUGAAAAGAUUCGGAGACAGUUCGUACAUUUUACUGCUUUGUCAGUUUGAAGUGUUCGAUUGUUCAUAUCUUUAUAUGUAGUAGAACCUGUGUUAUGUGAAUUAAUUAAGGGACAAAAGUGUUCAGAUAAGAAAAUUUUUGUAUGUAUAAUAAACAACGAAAGAUUAGCACUCAGUUUUACCUAAUACUUAAGACAAAUUUAAAUAAAACUAAUACAAGUGAUUGUAGGUAACAUUAUAGAAAUACAUUGGUAAUUUCAAUCUUGUAAUAUAUUUCUAUAUAUCGUUUAAAAGUAUAAAUUUUGCUCUACAUUUUGAUAAUGAAUAUCGUCUGUUUUCUAUUAAUAAAUGUAUGCUUUAUUCUG